CCGGCCCGGCCGCCUCCUCCGCCCCCUCCCCGUCCCCGUCCCUCUCCCUUCCCUCCCGGCCCCGCUGCCAGGGGCGAAGCCGCCCGCCGGGCCCCGCGGCUUUUUUUUUCUUGGAUUUUAUUACUGGAAAACUCUCUAAUGACAACUUUGCUUAGGAGCUGAGUGUUGUGACCUGCCUUGCUUCUCCCUGCUUGGUGUGGGAGCAACCUGAGGAAGAUCUUGGAGCCACCUGUACUGCUUCAUGCAGUUAAAUGUUCUGAGGUCAUGAAACUAAAUCCACAGCAAGCUCCAUUGUAUGGUGACUCUGUUAUUACAGUGCAGCUGACUGAGGAAGAUAAAGUUGAAGAUGAUGUAGUUUUUUAUUUGGUCUUCACUGGAUCAACUGUCCAACACUGCACAAGCACGAGAAAGAUUAAUCCUGGGAGUCUGGAGACAAUUUCUCCUGGCCAUGACUGCUGUGAGACAGUGAAGGUGGCACUUUGUGCCUCUAGAGAAGGUCACCCCGUUCUGGUUGUGGCAGAGGAGAGUUUCCAGUUUGUCCAGGAUGAAGCCUACGAUGCCGCCCAGUUUCUGGCCACCUGUGCUGGCAACCAGCAGGCGCUGAAUUUCACACGGUUCUUGGACAGGUCACGGCCACCAGCUGCAGACGUGGACUUCUUGGAUGAGAAAGUGGCCUUGGCAUUUCGACACCUGAAGCUGCCGGCAGAAUGGAACGUGCUGGGAGCAGACCAGUCCCUGAGCGAGAACAUCCCUCGGGAGACACUGAUGCAUUUUGCGGUCAGGCUGGGUAUGCUGCGCCUGACGUGGUUUCUGCUCCAGCAGCCGGGUGGAAGAGGAGCUCUCAGCAUCCACAACAACGAGGGGGCAACGCCUGUCAGCCUGGCCUUGGAGAGGGGCUACCAGAAGCUGCACCAGCUUUUGACAGAGGAGGGAGCCAGGGAGCCGGAGUCGUGGAGCACCCUGUCUCACACCGUGCACUCGGGGGACUACAGCGUGAAGCACCACCGCGGGCUGGACGUGUACCUGCUGACAGCUGAGGCCACAGAGGGGACAGCAGCCAGCUGGGAGAGGGACAUCCAGCACCUGCAGAUGCACAUGCAGAGCCACCAGCACCAGAGUUUAAGGCAGCAGACAGAGCCUGUACUGGGAGAUUCUCGAGACAGCUGUACUAAAGGAGCAGAGGGUCCUGUGACCACCACCUCUCAGAGCCUAGAAGAAAUGGCAAAAGAAGAAAGGCAGGAAAACCCAUCUGAUCUGGUUCACCUGGACAGCAGGCAGCUCUCAGACCAAGCCCAGCAGGAGGAGAAAUGCAACAGCAGCAGUCUGGGGGCUUUUAAUGAUGCACCAAAAGACAUGGUUAGCCUGGGGGGUGCAAACAGCCCAGCCAGCUUCUGUGAAAGUAAAAACACAGAGAUAUUGUGUAAAAAGGAAGGAGAGGCGGGGCUAAGAUCUGCCGACGGCUCUGGGACCGUAUCAGAUGAGGACUGCACUGAGAGCUCAUGUGCAAGUGUAAAUGGUGCUGUAAAUCUUCCAUGCUCUGGAAAUACAGAUGAGGAAGCUGGAAUGACAUCGGCUGGAGUUGUUCUGGAUCAGGCUGGCGUGAGCAGCACAGACAGUGCCCAUCAGGAAGUGCAAACUGCAGAGGAGCUUGCUGUCAGUGCUGCUGCUGUGGCUGCAGCUGCAGGUGAAGCCCCAGCUCCCUCGGAGGGCCUGGAUGUGGCCAUGGGCCAGACUGAGUGCAGGAACUGUGCCGGGGCACCUGAGAGGGCUAAGGGCCAGCAGCGGGCAGAGGAUGGGCUGGCAGAGCCUGCUGAGAGGACUGCAAGGCUGGAAGAGAAAUACCCAGCUAAGGAAGAGUCAUCCAGCACUGCUCAGCCCUUGCUCAGUGGUUUCAACGGCGCUGAGUGUUCGGAUGGGGAGGAUGCAGAUGUGGGAGUAGUACCAGCCUGUGACGGUGCAAAUGCAGGUGGUGUCAUUAGCAGUGACUCUGAUGACCUUUGCAAGACCAGCAGUAACAAAGAGACUGAUGUGGAUUCGUGCACUGCUCAGGUAAAUGGUGACUUCACGGAAGGCCAGGGUGAUGGCAGUGUCACAGCAAGGCAGGAGGUCACUGCAAGCCCUGCAGAUGCACUGCCAGCAGUGAAUGGGGUGCAGGUUCCUGCGUGCACAUCUGGCUUGGAAGUCCAUGGCAGCAGUGAGAGUGGGGAGCAAGAAGGGCUGGUGGAAGCAGGCUGCACAGAUGGAAAAUCCAGCCUGCCCUCACUGGAAGACAGUGUGGAAACUGAUGGCCCUGAUGCUGAGCCUGCAAACGGAGAUGUUGGUGGAUCUAAUGAAAGUGGUGCAGAAGCCGCACAUUGCCAGGAGAGUGGUGAGAUUGCUGAUCAUGGGGCUGCAGCCAUGGAGAGCAGUGAAAAGGAGGCAGUAGGAACUGAUACCAGCAGCUGCAGAGAUGGAGGAAGCAGAGAUUCUGCAGGCAGUGCUCAGGAAGUUGCUGCCUGUGCCCCUUGUGCUGCUCAAGCUGGUGUUAAAAGUGAAAUGGGCAGCAGCUUCAAACCAGACAGCGCUCAGCAGGGUGAACGUGAGGAACGUGAGCCUGCAUCGCUCCCUCCAGAGGAUGUGAGCACAGGCCUGGCAGAGAAAGAGCCUGCCCAGGCUGGAGCAGAGAAAGCAGAAAGCACUUCAGAGCAGGAGGGGAGGAGCAAGGUGGAAUCUCUCCUACCCAGAGAGGGGCCAGCUGUGAGUCAGGAGGGAGAUGCUGCAGUGGCACCUCCCGGGCAGGAGGCAUCUCUGCAAGGUAAUGACCCUGGAUCCGCUCCGUGUGCCAAGGGCUCAGACUGUGCCGAGGAUAAUUUAAUGGGCACACCCUCUGCAACUCAUAAUGAGGAAUCUAAACAAAACCAGGAAGCGGUGGCGGCGAGGGCAGGCUCGGCAGAGCUCGCCUGGCAGCACGGUGGGGAGCAUGGCGGGGUAGCUGCCACCUGGCCUGGGGACCAUGCUGGGGACGAGAGCUCCCCGGGGCAGGGCCACUUGCAGCAAGUUGAAGGAGGCAAAGCUGAGCCUGAGCAGGAGGCUCAUGAGCAGGUUUUGUCGGAGGAACUUCUUGCUGCUGUUGUGAAACCCCCCUCCUGCACUCUGGAGGGGCCUAUGGUGAGCAGCAGCAGUGUGGAUGCUGGGCUGAAAGCGACACACCAACCCAAAGAAGAUUGCAAGGCUGCAGUUGCAGCAGAAGGCACCAUGCAUGGACCUGCAUCAGCAGAUGAGUCACUGGGUGCAGAGAGUGACCCUUGUCCGAAUGCUGGGCUCAACCAAGAACAAGACCCCACUCAAACCCUACCACAGAUCUGCCCCCACAGCAGCACCCCCGAGUUAAAGGACGCCUCAGAGGUGGGAGCCCUGAGUGACGCCUGUGAGGGUAAGGAGGUGCCAAGGACAGUGACAAUAGCCCCUGUUGCAGCAUUUGCAGAGCAGCAGGAGGACACGGAGAGCGUGCUGCCCCGCGCAGCGCUCCAGCCCAUCGCAGAGGAGCCCACGUGUGACAGUGACUCCAGCACCGACACCGUCUGUCCGGCUGGGGACAGUGACACUGCCCUGGGAGGGGCUCAGGGCGAGGGCUUGGCUGAGCCCCAUGGAAAGCAAAGCCGAGCUGUACCUGCAGCGCCCUUCUCGCCGUGUUCCUGCCACCUGCAGCCUCUGGAGCCGCUGGAAAAUGCGGGAGUGAAGAGUUUGGUAUCGGCUAACGGUGCCUCGUCUCUGGAUAAAGUUCCUAAAAUGGUGAAAAGUUUUGAUGCAGUGGUUUUUGCAGCAGACACACCUUGUUCCCCCGAAGUACCUGCCGCAGAAAAAGCGGGGCUUGUGGCCCAGACUGCAGUGGAUGCCAGAGCCAGCCUUAAUGGAGAAAUGGAUUGCAGUUCCUCAACAAAGAAUAAGAAUGUCAGCCUGGCAGUGCAAGGAGCUGAGCCUGUUACAGGGAUGUUGGAAAUGAAAACUGAGGACGAGGUGGAUUUUCAGAAACACGGCACAGAGGAAGUGGAGGGGGAAUUCAAAAUCACAGCCAGCCUUUUGGAGCCACUUAUAGCUUGGUGGGAUGCUGCUGGAUCGUGCCAUGGCCAGAGGGAUGCAGCUCAGGACAGAAGUGCCACCACCCCACAGGGAUGCAGACGGACAGGCACAGCUGGACUGGCUCAGCCACAAAACUCCUGUCAGUGCUGCAGUGCUCCUGCAAACAUGAGAAAUGCCAUGAGAAAUCCAGGGCUCUUGACCAAGGCUGUAGGGUUUGAGUCACCUUUGCAGGAGUUUGAGCUGGUGGCCACAAAUCUCUUUAUACAAGCAGGGAGCUGGGACCACCCUACAGGACUGGAUGAAAAGACCUACAACCCUCUAACUAAGCUCCAGGAGUGGAGCAAAUCCCAGCAGCAGGAGGUGGGCCAGUCUGCCGGCGCUGCUGUUGCAGAUCAGCAGUCAAACCUCGGGUUGAUAAAUGCUGUUUGCAAUUCUAUUUUCUGCUUUGUAGCUUGGGAUUAA